AUGGGCAACGAUAUUGACCUAGAAGCUGUCAAGAGGGCCACAAUGGCCGACCUCUCUCGCCUUCGUCAGGAAGAACUUCCACUGGGCCAUCAAGUGAGACCAGAUCGCCCAAGUUACUCCCCGGGCCUAAAGAAUGGAACCAGCCACUUUUCGGUUUCUACAAAGGUUGAUCUUAAGAAAAAAUGGGGUGCCAAGAUCAAUGAUGCAGAGUCCCAAAGUAUGGAAGGCCUUGAGCUCGAAGAUUCACGACCUUGGGCAAAAGGUCAGAAAAGAGAGAGACUUCCCGAUAUCAUAGUCCACGAAGAUGUUCCAGCUGUCCCUGCUUCCAGCGGAGCGCCCUCCUCAUAUCAGUCUCGGGGAACUCGUGUUCAGUUCAAACCCACGACACUCGCGAAAUGGGGCCCGGGACCUACAGAGACAGCUUCUCGACCAAAUCGUCAAGAGACUUCGCCUACUGCUGUCAAUGGUGGCAACUCUACCGCUGCUGAUGCUGCUUCUGUAAACGGCACCUCUUGUACGCCUUUAGUCACGGGAAAGCAGGAUGAGGACGACCAGGAUCUUAUUGCGUCGGAGCACAUCUUGUACAAAAACCAGUGCCACCUUGUUCCAGGGAAGGCAGAGGCACUUAGUAUCGUCACACAUGUCGCCGUCAAAAUCCUUGCCGAGAAUGAUGGCAUUCUGGAGAUUCGAAACGACUCUAAGGGCCUUCGAAUCCACAAUGCUCUUGAAAUCGAGCAACCCAUCCUUGACGGCGUCUUUUGUACGAUCAAAGUGAAAACCAGGCGCUUCUCUGAGAGGCUUCGGUUUGCUACAGUUAGCGACGCGCAAGGUUUUAAGAUCCAGUUAGUCGGGCUUCAGAAAGCUCUGCUGGAUCAGCAAAAGCAACAAGACAUGGACAAGUCUCAGGUCGAGGAAAGCAAGGAGGAGGAGGACGGCGACCUCUUGAUGGCUGCCAGCCCCAUUGUGAGCACGGCGUCCGACACUUUGAUCCCCGUCUUCAACGGUACAUCUCAACAGGUGCCCACCGCGGAUCAAGAGCCCCUUAUCAUGGUGGACGACGAUUGGGGAACACCAGCUAACAACAACAUUCCCAGCCUGGACCAUGAAACCUUACAGCUGAGUCAGUUGUUAAACCAGGCUCUGGAGCAGGCCACUGCCCUGGGGAACCACUCGGGUGAGAGUAUGAAUGGGAUCGAAUAUGAAAUCCUUGAACAGGCUCUCAGCCACGGUUCCCUGCAUGAGCGUAGCGAGCAAGUGCGAGAGGGUCUCCUGGGCAUCAUUCGUUCCUUGCUCAACAUAGUUUGCAAGCCGGUCAUCCAUGAGUUUGCUUCGGGCCUCGCAGAUACCAAUGCAAUCGAAACCCCUAUCGAUGUCAAUGCUAAGGGCCUUGGUAGCGCAACCAUCAAACAGGACGAGAAUUCGAAGCAGGUGGAGGAUUCAACCAACCGCCCUGUGCUCGGUAUGCCGAAGGGCUUGGGUGCUUCACGUUUCGCCAAGAAACCGGCGGCAUACCAAGGCAACUUCACUGGCCCGAUCAAGUACUGA